AUGGCGGGCCCCAACCCCCAGGUGCAAUACACCAUGCAGCUGCACAGCCGCGCGCUGGUCCCCGUGACCGGGCAGCGCAGCAAGUCGCAGUGGCUGGUUGGCAGCACGGCGCUACGUGAAGAGAACGAGGUGCGGCUGCUGGAGUACGACUCAGACCAGGAGGUCCUCCGCAGCGCCGCCGCGUGGCUGCACCCCGACGAAGUCGCCGCGCCGCGCAGCGCCUCGUCCCGCGCCGCGGCGGGCACCCAGCCUGGGAAGAAGCGCCCGCGCGCCGCCGCGGACGCGGCCGCCUGCUGUGGUGGCCUGCCCGACAUUGUAACGCGCGCUCCCGCCCGUGCACCACCCCUGGCGCGCGCAGCCGGCAAGUAUGGCGCGACGCUGUGGCAGGCGGAGCCGGGCAGCCAUCAGCUGCGGGAGCUGGCUGGCAUGGAGCACACAGGCGUUGUGCGGAGGGCCCUUUGGAACCGCCUGGCGCCAGACAUGCUGAUAACUUUGGAGGAGGGCGCCCUCCGAAAGUGGCAGAUGGGCGCCGCCGACGCGCAGUGCGUCGCCUCGGGUCCGCCGGGCGACGGGCGGCAGCUGUGGGGCGGCGCGGUGCACCCCAAGAACGCGGGACUUGCGGCGGCGGUGGCGGGCAGCAGCGUGCAGAUCUGGGACAUCCAGAAUUGCUGCAAGGUGGGGGAGGUGCCCGGCGCCCACAGGCUGCCGGCGCGCGACGUCGACUGGGCGCCGCACAACGAGCACCGCCUGGUGACGUGCGGCGACGACUGCAGGCUGCGGUUCUGGGACACACGGGCCCUGGGCCGCGCCGAGCCCCUGCUGGAGCUCAGCGGCCACAGCCACUGGGCCUGGGCCGCCCGUUUCUCCCCCUUCCACGACCAGCUUCUCGCCAGCUCCUCCAGCGACUGCACGGUCAGCCUGUGGUACACGCCCGUCCUCGCGCGGCAGCGGGACGCGCCGGGGGAGACGGGCGCGCGCGUGGUCCCGUCGAGGGGGGACGCGGACGGCCGUGUUGUCACUUGGGAUGAGGAGCACGAGGAUAGUGUAUACGGCCUGGCUUGGAGCGCGGCAGACCCCUGGGUUCUGGCCAGCAUGUCUUAUGACGGCCGGAUUGUGGUGAAUCACGUGCCCAAGAACCUCAAGUACAAGAUCCUGGUCUGA